GUAAAUUGUUGCCAGCAUUUGAGGUGGUGCCAACGGGUUUUGACUCCGACACUUCCGCUCUCAGCAUUUCCAUUCCCGUGGAGUCGGAGGUUGGCUCUGAUGUUCUGUCACCCCGGGAACUCUCUCCCAGCUUCCCAAAAUUGUUUGGAGACAACCCAGCGAGCCAGUGCAGUGUGUCAUGCCACCAGCUGGAGGUGGAUGCUCCGAUUUCCACGCAGGAUCCAGAGUGUCCUGCUGUCUCCAGACUCGUUGGAGCGAAGCAGGAUCCACCCGACUGCUCUUCUGACACGGAGAGUCCCCUCCUUGUUCCCACCAGCGUUCAGGAUCUUGCUAAAAAUGAGUCCAAAAUUUUGGACAGCAGCCUGCAGAGAUGGGCUGCUGGUGUUUUGGCUGGAGUUCAAGAUGGAAUGGAAGCUGACAGAGGAUCCCAGACCUCCAGUGUGGGAAGUGAGAGACAUAAGGAGCAAGGAGGUGAUUCUUUGCUGGGGUCGGGUGUGUUGAGGGACAUCCAGGAGCUCCUGGCAAAGGCAGAGGAUUUGAGUGCCAGGUGGUGUCCUCCUGCCUUUUCCAUGGCCUCUUGUAGAGAAACUGGGGAGUCUUCCCUGGUGCUGCUGAGACAGGAGGAGGAUCCCAAAGAUCCCAGGUCGGCGAAGGACAGAACCCCUCAGUUCCAGAAGAGACCGUCGUGGGAUGAGGCUGCGACCCGGCGAAGUGUGCGAGAAGAAGGGUUGGGAAUAAACCCUUGGAAUUCUGACACGUGCAACUUCAGAUGGGAGAACUCUUUGGACGUCAACUUGCGCCGCAGCGAAGGGACGAAGGAAAUAUCCCAGGAGUUCAGGGCGGGAAAAUCGGCGGGAAGGUCGGAGCCGGAGGGUUGUAGCAGCGUCACCACGGACAGGAACCAACGUGCCCUGGUGGGCCUGGCACAGAGCAGUGCCAGCAGUGAGGGCAGCACCGGGGCAGCCUCAGAGCUGGGCAAUCCUCCUUCCUCAGAGCCCCCUGGAAGCAUCACUGAUAUCCCAGGAGCCUUCCAGAGCACGUCUCAAGCUGGUGGAGCUGGAAGCAAAGCCGGCGGCGCCCGGGGGAGCGACGAGAGCAGCAGCGGAGAUUCCCUGGCUGCCCGUGUCAGGAACCUCCUGGGGAAUCCUCCCCCCUCAUCGGAGCAUCCCUGUGGCACAGGAGGAUUCCAGAGCAUCCUGAGUGGAGCUGGUGGUGCCAGGAUCAAGGGAGGAGGGCUGGGGGGCAGCGGCAGCAGCAGCAGUGGGGAUUCCCUGGCUGCCCGUGUCCGGACCCUCCUGAGGAGUGGAUCCCCUGGGAUAGAGGCAACCCGAAUCCUCAGGAACGCAGAGGAGCAGGAGAGGAAAAUCCGAGCCUGGGUGAAGCUGAGACUGGCCAGCAGAUCCCAGGAAUCUGUGCCAGACUGGGAUGAGGAGACCCAGCAAAGAAUCAAGGAAAUCAAGGCAGAGCUGCUCCUGAGGGCCAAGAAAUCCGUGCAGGCCAAGGAUCCCUGGGUUUGUGGUUUGGGAGCUGCCUCUGAGUGUCUCCAUAACCAGGAUCAGGACACAGAGCGUUUCAAAGCUCCAAGAUUCCCACGUGUCAGACCCCUCCAGCCCACCAGGACUCGGGAGCUUUCAGAGCCCAGCUCAGGACAAGCUGUGCUGUUCCAUAGAUCCCAUCCCUCCGAUCGCUGCCUGCUGAGGGACAUGCAGCUGAAAUCCUGGAAUGCUGCUCCUGGAAUGCCUGUGUGCAACCAACACCCAACAGCCGCCCCAGGCCAUUCCCACAGCGUGGCUGAACUUUACCCACCACUGGAAUGGGAUCCCUGUGCAACGGGGUCUGAUGUACAAACAGAAUUCCUUGUGCCAGCUCCAGAGGUGCUGCCGGCGGAGAAGAGCUCGGAAGGGAUGGGAAAGCCGAUCACUUCCAUCACCUUCUCAUCCCAGAGACGCCUCCAGUCCCCACUGGGUUCCCAGGCACUGGGCAGCAGCCUCUCCAGGGAUGGGUUUGAUGGGAUCACACCUUUGGAUGUCGACUCUGCUGCCACUGAGGAACAGAGCCAUGACACACAGCACUGGGAAAGAUCCAGCACUUGUCCUGCAAGUCCAGUGCUGGCUGGCUCCAUCUUCCAGGAGGUUAAUCCUGCAGAUCAAGGCAGGGUUCAUCCCAUCUCUGCUGACAGGGACAGAGCUGGAGUUUAUCAGGACACAGACUCUUCGUCAGCUCAGGAUUCUGGGAGUGUCCAUGCUGGGAAAAGACAGACUCCCAGUGCAGAAAAAUGUGAUUUUUUGGCCCAGGAUGUGGGUGAGUUGGGCAGGCAGAGGGACAUGGGGUUCAAUCAGGAAAGAAAUCCGUUCAUUGAACCCCAUUCCCUGAGCUCUUCCCAGCAGGAGAAGAGCAGCUCUGGCCACAUCCAGCUCAGUGAGAGCUUGGAAAGUUCAACUCCAGCAGAACAAAUGGAUUUGCUCCAGGGUCGGAGCGAGCUGGGAGAAGAGAGGAAAAGUCCUGCUGAACCACCUCUCAUUCCAACAGAGGUUGGGAGGGAGCAAGUGGAGGCAUCUCACCAUUCACCCCCAGAGGUUUUAUCUGCCGCAUCUGCAGCUCUCCCUUCACCAACCAAGAAAUUCCUGUCCUGUGUCCACAUCACCCUCUCCUCCAAGGUCCGUCACGUGGAGCUGCCGAACGUGGAAAACGGGAUGAAAGUGGGGGAUAAACCCGAAGUUCAGACUCAGUUGAAAGCUCCAGAAGAUUUAAGAGAAGCUGCUCCCGAAUUACCACCCUCUGACCUUAUUCCACAAGGUCCAAGAUCACCUUUCCCAGUGGCCUCAGCAGAUCCCAGCCGGGUGUUUUCCUCUGGGCGAGAGCUGGUGCAGCAAAGCAGUGAGAGACCUCAAGUCCCUGCUCUGGGGUCAGGGGGGUUUAUUCCCAAGGAUCUCUCCAGCUCUGUGCUUCCUGCAAAACCUGGGAGGAGGACUUCAGAGGCUGCCACUCAGAUCACCACAGAAGGUCCUGAAAAAACCACCUUUUCAGCAGAAAUUUAUGUUCAUCCCCAAGAGGGUGAAGGUGCUGCCCAGAAACCGCCUGAACUUCCCAACGUUACAUCCCAUAACGAGAUUCCCCCCUUCCCAAGGCAGCCUGCUCAGCCCUUGCUGGUGCCAUACAAACCUUCUGGAAGCACUGGGAUGUAUUAUGUCCCUUUCCUAAAAGGAGGAGCCAAAAUGUCUCCAGUUGAGUCAGAAACCAGUGGUGGGAGCUCUCACUCAGGGUCCAACGAUGCUCCUCCUCCAAGGUUUCUGCCCCACGUGCCUGGUUUGAGGGAUGAGAAUCCUCCAGGAACUGCAGCUCUCCAGCAGAAAGAAGGAUCCCACAGUAAGAGGGCCAAGCCUAAGCUGGCCUGGGCUGAGGAGCAGAGGAUACCCCUGGAAAAUUCUGCAGAGCACAGAGAUCAUUCCAAACCUGGAAAAACCACUCAUUCCACCUUCAAAUCCACACGGUUCUACCUCCACCAUCCCAUGCCCACGUGUGACACCAGCGAGUUCUCCGAGGACAGUUCCGGAGUGGGAAUUGCUCCCCCUUCCUCCAGCGGUGCCUGGAAAAAACCACACCGGCAUCAACGGGUGUUCUCUGCCCAUCACAGAAAAAGGGGGAAAAGGGAGUUCUUUGCACUCACUGCAGAAGCAGAUGAGAGUAAAAACGAGGAUCUGAGCGUUGGGAAUGAGACCUCGGGGACGGAGCGAGAAGCAGAACAAGGAGCAGCUGGGAAUUCUGCUUUGCCACGGAGCCAAACAACUCUCCGGGAUGGGAACGUGGAGGAACCACCAAGGCACAGAACCCACUCCAGUGGGAGCUUGGAUGAGCUGUGGGUUAAGUUUCUGGAGAGGCAGAGGAGGCACCAGCAGCACGGUUUGAGGAGUACCGGGGAGCUGUCCCUGGUGGAACGCCUGGAUCGCCUGGCCAGGGUCCUGCAGAACCCCAUCCAGCACACGCUGGUCCCGGCAGAAGCCGGGAGGAACGUUCCCGAAAGGCAGAUCAAGGGAAGGGAGCAGACAAAAACAGGAUUGGGAGAGAACAAGGCGUCCGGGAGCGUUGUCGGAGAAAGAGCGCGGGACGACACCGGGAUGGCGGAGCUCAGGGAAAACGGGGCGGGAGACACAACCAUCCUGGAGGAGCAGCAGCACCGCUGGGAAUCUCCCAGCGACAAUUCCUCGGAGACGAGGCUGAGCGGAGAGCACGGCACCACCACCACCACCACUUCCAGCAGCUGGGAGUGGGACACGCCGACGGAGCCGGGAAGCGCAACAGAGCGGAGCAGCUCCGUGUCCACCAUCGACACGGCCAGGCUGCUCCGGGCCUUCGGGCACCACAGGGUCACCGUGUCUCCCAGGGUGUCUCCCGGGGUGUCUCCCGGGGUGUCUCCCAGGGUGUCUCCCAGGCUUUCCCAGCUCUAUUCCACCAUUGGCCUCCAGAAGAGCCGCUCGGAAAAGCGGGAUGAGGGAAGCGGCGAAGCGGCGGGAGCGGAAUAUCCGAAGGUCGGCGCCGAGAGACACAGGAGGAGGAAGGAGAUCCAGAGCACCAUCACCUUCUCCUCAGAUUCCACCUGGGCCAGCAGCACCUCCUGGGGUCCCAGCUCUGCCCUCAGCACCAAGAGACGGAUCCGGAUGUUGGACAAAGGGAUCCAGGCAGGAGACCUGGAGAUUGUGAGCAGCGCCACCAAGAGGAACACCCGAGAUGUCGGAGUGACUUUUCCAACGCCGAGAUCCCUCCAGGCAAACCAGAGGCCUCGGGAAUCCUGGCAUGGUGUCCAUGGGACCUCGUGGUUUGUCCAAGGAGACGACUUGAAAUCUGAAUCUAGGAAAGAAAACCAUUCCAGUGCCAUUUCUGGUCCUGGGCCAUCCUGGUUUGAGCCCUGGACCAGCACGAAGCCCUGGAGGGAACCUCUCCGAGAGAAAAACUGGGAAGAGCAGCAGCACCACGUGAUUCCAGCAGCAGCUCCAGACAGAGGUGCUGGGAAGGGGCCUGUGCUGCCCUUUGUGAAGCUCACGCUGCAGGAGGCUCUGGCCGUUCAUCGCCCCGAGUUCAUCUCCCGCUCCGGGGAGCGAGUGAAGCACCUCAAGCUGCUCAUGGAGGAGAGGAGGAUCCAGAGGGGGCUGCAAUCCCAGCGGGAAGAGCCUGGGAAUCCCCCCGGGAAGAGGAAGGGCUGCAGGAGUGCCAGUCACCUGCUGGCCGACACAGGUUUUUCAAUGAGGGAAAAAAGAAGAGCGAUUCCAAAGAGUGAAAUGGUUCAAAGGUCUAAAAGGAUCUAUGAGCAGCUUCCAGAGGUGAGGAAGAAGAGGGAGGAGGAGAAGAGGAGGCUGGAAUACAACUCGUACCGCCUGAAAGCACAGCUCUACAAAACAAAAAUCACCAACCGUGUCUUAGGGAAGAAGGUGCCUUGGAACUGAUGGAAUGAUCCCUUCAAACCAACCUGGGGUGUUCCAGCACUUGAUGGGGAAGAGGCAAAAAUGCAGGGAAAUGCUCCCACAGCUCCAAUUUUUGUGGUAUUGGGUCGCUUUUGUACUGAUCUAAUCUUGCCCUAUUUAAGAAUCAGUGAUUUGGGAUGAAUGUCAGGGUUUUAAACAAAUGCCUGGGGGGGUUUUGUAGUGGUUUUAAGCACUUCCAAAGUCAACACAGUCUGGAAAAACUCAGUUCAUAAUAUAUUUCUAGCUCCCUGAUUGGAAUAGAAGCUUUAUAUAUUUAUUUUCAGUGGGUUUGAACAAUGAUUUUUAUUAUUAUUAUUAUUAUUAUUAUUUUUUUAAUUCCUGUCUUGUAGAAAAUUUACUUGUUUUGUACCGCAAAAAAAACCCUCAAUAAAACACCUGAGUUGUAGUAA